UUGCCAGGGUAGCUUCACCGCAAAGCAAAGGAGUGGAUAGACGAAUUUCAAGACGGUUUUUGGAAUAAACUUUGUCGAAUUAAUCGCAAUGUAUCAACCACCCUUGCCGCCUCCUCCGGUCCAGCCGCCUCCGCCGCCGCCACCACCACCAGAAGGCGAAGAAGCACUUUCGCCACCCGGCGUUAAUGUGGAUAUCAAACCAUUUAAAAGUUCCGACUCCAGUUACGUGCAACUUCCGGACACGCCUUCAACCAGUUCCAUCUACAGUCCCUACCAGCAACCGGCAUAUGGAUACGAUGGAUACCAAUAUCAGGAGACACCCCCGCAGACCUACUACAACCAGGAGAGUUACCAGUACCAAGGAUCAGGAACUCCCGGUCCAUACUCCUACGAGGGCUACAAGUACGGGGAUCAAUCUCCUGCCUAUACUCCAAACUACCGCCCUCCCUACCAAAGAUACAACUCCCACAGCUCCGGCCAGGGCUAUCACCAUCACCAGAACUACAACCAAAGUUACAAUAAGAGAUUCGACUCUCGCCAUGGAUAUGAACCACGUCACGGGCAUGGACACGGUCACUAUGCGCACCGACCGCCUCGAGGAUCAGAUUAUAGCCACUAUGGGUCGUCAGCGAACAAUGAUUACUCCUCCCGUGGCUAUCGCGAGAGGGAAAGGGAGAGGUCCACUUCUGCGGAUAAGCCCAAACCCAAGGCAAAGGCUGAAACUGAAAGGGACCGGCUGCUGCGCCAGUGGUGCUCCAACUUCUGCGAGAAGCCAGAGGAUUAUGUCAAGAAGAUGAAUGCCCUUAGCGAAAUGGAGGCUCCCGCCGAGUCCUGGGUUCGGUCCUCACCAGCCGACCCAUACUACGAACGCAUACAGACUGCUGGUGAGAACAAGGUCCAGGGUCGCGUGCGUCUGCAGAAGUUAUGCGAUCUCUUUGACGAGGAGCUGCUCCAGCGCGCAGAACGCGUUCGCCGGACCUUGCCAGUUUAUGUUCCAUCGCCAAGGAAGGCGCGUCGGCGUGUCUGCAAACACAAGCACAAGGCCGAAGCUUGUUCAUCGUCCUCUUCGUCUGACGGGGACUCGGAUGAGGAUGCCUUCAAGAUAGAGCAGGAUUGCUGCAUGGAGGAGUUGUCACGCAAGCUGAAGCAUCCUCAACGGGUACACACGGAUCUCUGGCACAACGAUGCCGGCGAAAUGAACGACGGGCCGCUGUGUCGCUGCUCAGCGAAAUCCCGACGCAUCGGCAUUCGUCACGGGAUCUAUCCAGGCGAGACUGGCUAUAAGUUGUGCGACCGCAAUAGCAACAACGCCGGAAAGUUGUAUCACUACCGGAUAAGCAUUUCGCCACCAACGAAUUUUCUUACCAAGACACCAACUAUAAUCAAGCACGAUGAACACGAAUUCCUCUUCGAGGGCUUCUCUUUGCUCUCCCACGUGCGACUCACCGAUCUUCCUGCCUGCAAGGUAAUUCGAUUCAACAUCGAGUACACCAUUGAGUAUGAAGAAGAGAAGAUGCCGGAGAACUUUACCAUCCACGAGUUGGAUCUUUUCUUUAAAUACCUGUUCCAUGAGCUGCUGGAGCUGGUGGACUUUAACCUAAUGCCCAACGUGCCUGAUGGUUCCUCGGAAGAGAGUUGCCCAGCUUUCCAUUUCCUACCGCGGUUUGUCCGCGAGCUGCCGGACAACGGCAAGGAGGUACUGGCUAUGUGCGAGGUUCUGCGAUAUCUCCUGGACAACUCUGCCCAGCUGGUGGAGCGCCAGCAGCUGCUGCAUCUUAACCAGAUCAGCCAGCACGAGUGGCAAAACUACGUGGACUUUAUCAAGGGCAUGCUGGUCACAAAACCCGGCUACAAGCCCUGCUCCCUUCGCGUCGAUCAACUGGACAGGAACAACUCGGACCUACCGGAGUGCGUUGACCCAGAGACUGGCAUCUCCCACCCGGCCAUUGUGCACUUUGGGAUCCGCCCGCCUCAACUGAGUUACGCUGGCAAUCCAGAGUACCAGAAGGCUUGGCGGGAGUACGUAAAGUUCCGGCACCUGAUGGCGAACAUGUCCAAGCCAUCCUUCAAGGACAAGCGCAAACUUGAGGAGAAAGAGCAGCGCCUUCAAGAAAUGCGCACUCAGGGACGUAUGAAGCGCAACAUUACGGUAGCUAUUAGUUCGGAGGGAUUCUAUAGGACUGGCAUCAUGUGCGACAUUGUGCAGCACGCUAUGCUGGUGCCAGUGCUGACCGGCCAUCUACGCUUCCACAAGUCCCUGGAUCUGCUCGAGGAGAGCAUCGGAUACCGCUUCAAGAAUCGAUACCUACUGCAACUGGCCCUGACUCAUCCUUCGUACAAGGAAAACUACGGCACUAAUCCGGACCACGCCCGCAACUCUCUAACCAAUUGCGGCAUACGGCAGCCCGAGUAUGGAGACCGAAAAAUACAUUAUAUGAACACCCGAAAGCGCGGUAUCAAUACUCUGGUUAGCAUCAUGUCCCGUUUCGGCAAGGAUCACGAAACUGUCUCAAACAUUACCCACAACGAGCGCCUGGAGUUCUUGGGCGACGCCGUAGUGGAGUUUCUCAGCUCCAUUCAUUUGUUCUUCAUGUUUCCCGAGCUGGAAGAAGGUGGCCUUGCCACCUACCGAGCCGCCAUCGUGCAAAAUCAGCACCUAGCCCUACUGGCCAAAAAGCUUCAGCUGGAAGAGUUUAUGCUCUACGCUCACGGCUCAGAUUUGUGCCAUGAGCUGGAACUGCGCCACGCCAUGGCCAACUGCUUUGAAGCUCUGAUGGGAGCUCUACUUCUGGAUGGCGGAAUCAAGGUGGCGGAUGAAGUUUUCACUGAUGCGCUCUUCCGCCAGGACGAAAAGCUGUUGAACAUUUGGAAGAAUCUACCAGAACACCCGCUUCAAGAACAGGAACCACUCGGAGACCGCGGAUGCAUUGAGUCUUACCGCGUUCUGAAGGAGCUGACCAAAUUCGAGGAGUCCAUCGGCAUCAAGUUUAAGCACAUCCGUCUGCUGGCCCGUGCCUUUACCGAUCGAUCCAUCGGCUUCACCCACUUGACACUUGGAUCCAACCAGCGUCUAGAGUUCCUCGGCGACACCGUGCUCCAGUUAAUCUGCUCGGAGUACCUUUACCGUCACUUUCCUGAGCAUCAUGAGGGUCAUCUGUCUCUGCUCCGCUCAUCCCUGGUGAAUAAUCGAACUCAGGCGGUGGUGUGCGACGAUUUGGGGAUGCCUCAGUAUGCCAACCCGAAAACGGAUUUGAAAACAAAGGACAGAGCCGAUCUCCUAGAAGCUUUUCUGGGGGCCCUUUACGUUGACAAGGGGCUGCUCUACUGCGAACAAUUCUGCCAUGUAUGUCUCUUCCCGCGGCUGCAACUUUUCAUCAUGAACCAGGACUGGAACGAUCCCAAGUCUAAGCUCCAGCAGUGCUGCCUCACCCUGCGAACUAUGGACGGCGGAGAGCCGGACAUUCCCUACUAUAAGGUGGUGGAAGCCAGCGGUCCAACCAACACUCGCGUCUACAAGGUGGCCGUCUAUUUCCGAUCAAAGCGCCUGGCUACCUCCAACGGCUCCUCCAUCCAACAGGCGGAAAUGAAUGCCGCCAAACAGGCUCUGGAGAAUUCGCGGGACCUCUUUCCGCAACUGGAUCACCAAAAACGAGUGAUUGCCAAGAGCAUUAAGAAGCAAACUGGCAAUGAGUUGGACGGUGAGCUGGGCGACCGCCAGCAGCAGGAUGAGAAGAUUAAGAGGCCCAAAUACGCGGCACCGCUUCAGGACGAAAGCCAUUUGCCCAAGCAGUACCGCAUGCACGAGAACAUCUCCAGUGACGAACUGCCCGAUGACGAUGAUAUGGAAAGCACAGCUCGCAAGAGUCCAACCCUUCCUCCGAGAGCUAGAGGUAGUAGUAGUAGCAGCAGCAGUAGCAGUAGCGAUAGCGAUGAUCCCUCAUCGCCCAAGAGACGCCGCCGCGUUCGGAAGAGUGCAUCCUCUUCCCCAAUGUCUUCAUAAGGAUGCCAUUCUUAUAUAUUCCUACAUAUAAUUUAAAUAAUAAUCAACCAAAGGGGUUAAAAAGACGCAUAAAAUUCUAAAAGAAAAACGAAGCAUGUUGAAUUUUGAAAAGAAAUAUCCAACAAAGUUUCCUAUUUAGCUUUAAUUUGUUGGCUUCAA